GACAGGUAUACGCGCCAUAGGUGAGCGAAAGGCAAGCUUGAAGGAUAGGGCAGAUGAAUUGGUGGAUGCACAUAAUUCAUUAGCCGAGGCAGACGCCUUGAUAGAGACAAAGCUGCAAAAACUGGAAGACAAAUUGUCAGACCAUGAGGAUAGGUUGACACUGAUGAUUCUGCGAUGCACAGCAAACCCAGAUUACCUAAGAGACUCACCAAGGACUGGUCUACCAUUUCAAAACCUAUUUGAACCUGAAUAUGGAGUGGUGAUGCUACUCCACUUCAUCCCGCUCCAAGAAGCAGAUCUCACUGUGCUUCUCAUACUGAUUGCUUACCUUACAUAG